AUGGCGAUAACAAGCUGUGGGGUGUCCAGUCACUUUAAUUCGAGCGUUGAUGUUGCCCUGCUGAUCAAUGCGGAUGAACUCUUCAUACCCCAGCAUGGAGAGCCAGAUGUUGCCUUCAGCAUCUAUGCACCCGCCAUCGAUCUUGACCAUUUUUCCGGCGGCGUCCUUCGCGGCAAAGUCUGGGAGGGAACGGGGAGACCAGAAAAGCCGCCUGUUGGACAGCUCGCCUCCCGGUCCAACGUCGAACUUCAAGAGCCCUUCGCCAAACGUCUCAGCCACAAACAGGCUUUUCCCGUCCCUAGCAAUUACCAGUGCGUUGGGGAAGACGAUGUUCUCUGCGGCCACCUUGGCAGUACGGUCUGUAUCUAUAACGAUAAGGCGGCCUGGCGAAGGGUCCUCUCCAUGGAGAACUCGGGCCCCCGUAUCGUCUAG